AUGGGUAGCACAGCCCUGGAAUUUCUUGGCUUCCUCAUUGGUGUAAUAGGAUGGAUGUGUGCCUGUGCAGUUACAGGAAUGCCACAGUGGAAGAUCACGCCAUUCAUUGGAAGUACCAUACUGAAUACAGAGAUCACAUGGGAAGGGAUUUGGAUGACCUGUGUCUACCAACAGACUUCAGGCAGGUUGGUAUGUGAUACCUAUGACUCUGUGCUUGACCUAUCUGGGGAUGUGCAGUUGGCAAGAGUCUUCAUGUGCCUGGCUAUUUCCUCUGGACUUCUAGCUGUCAUGGUGGCAACAGUGGGAAUGAAGUGCACAUAUUGUGCUGGAGAUGACCGCAAAGCAAAGGGUUAUAUCGUCACAGUUGGUGGCUCCCUCUUCAUCCUAGCUGGGCUCUGCGUUCUGGUUCCUGUGUCAUGGGUCGCUCACAACAUUGUCACAGAUUUUUAUAACCCACUAUUGCCAGAGAACUUGAAGUGGGAACUGGGAGAUGCACUUUACGUGGGUUGGACAGCCAGCUGUUUCCUCAGUAUUGGGGGAGUCUUCCUCUGUUGCUCUUUCCCGAUGGACAGUGAUAACAGACAAGUCCCUCGGAGCAGUUACAUAGCAAAUCAACGUUCACUGCUGACCCAGAACGUUACAACUGGCUACCCACUGAAGGAAUAUGUCUGA